AUGUCCGAGGAUGAGGCGGCUCAGGCCCCCAGCCCCAGCGUAUGGGAGCAGGACCAGCAGAACGUGGUACACCGAGUUGUGGCCCUGCCCCUGGUCAAGGCCACGUGCACUGCUGUCUCCGGUGCUUACAGCGCGGCCAAGGGUAGGCACCCGCUGCUGGGCUCCGCCUGCCGCCUGGCCGAGCACUGCGUGUGCAGCCUCACCUCCAGCGCCCUGGACCACGCCCAGCCCCUGCUCAGCCACCUGCAGCCUCAGCUGGCUACAGUGAACGAUCUUGCCUGCAGGGGCCUGGACAAGCUGGAGGAGAAGCUGCCCUUUCUCCAGCAGCCUUCUGAGAUGGUGGUGACCUCAGCCAAAGACGCGGUGGCCAGCAGCAUGACCGGCGUGGCGGGCCUGGCCCGGCAGGGCCGGCGCUUGAGCAUGGAGCUGAAGCGGUCCGUGAGCCACGCGGUGGACGUCGUGUUGGGCAAAUCGGAGGAGCUGGUGGACCACUUCCUGCCCAUGACCGAGGAGGAACUCGCGGCACUGGCUGCCGAGGCUGAGGCUGAGGGCUCGGAAGUGGGCUCAGUGGAGCAGCAGAGGAGACAUCAGGGCUACUUUGUGCGCCUGGGCUCCCUGUCAACACGACUCCGCCACCUGGCAUAUGAGCAUUCUCUGGGGAAACUGAGGCAGAAGAAACAUCACGCUCAGGACACACUGGCCCAGCUGCAGGAGACACUGGAGCUGAUUGACCUCGUGCAGUGCGGCAUGACCCCCACCGCCCCAGCCCGCCCCGGGAAAGUGCACGAGCUGUGGGGGGACUGGAGUCUGAGCCCCCUGGAGAACGGCCGCCACCGCCGCCGCAGCCAGAUGGAGCUGGAAACGCUGGUAUUGUCCCGAAGCCUGAUGCAGGAGCUGCAGAGCUCGGUGGACGCCCUGGAGACCAGCGUGCGGGGCCUGCCCCAGGGCGCCCAGGAGAAGGUGGCCGAGGUGCGGCGCAGCGUGGACAGCCUGCAGGCCGUCUUCGCGGACGCGCGUUGCUUCAGGGAUGUGUCAGCCUCGGCGCUGGCCGAGGGCCGGGGCCGAGUGGCUCGGGCCCACGCCUGCGUGGAUGAGCUGCUCGAGUUGGUGGUGCAGACCAUGCCGCUGCCCUGGCUCGUGGGGCCCUUUUCGCCCAUCCUCAUAGAGCGGUCGGAGCCCCUGCCUGACCUGGAGAACCUGGUGGACGAGGUUGUGGGGGGCCCUGACCCCCGCUGGGCGCAUCUGGACUGGCCGGCCCAGCAGAGAGCCUGGCAGGCCCAGCACCGGAAUGGGAUAGGUCUCCCGGAGGACAUUCCAGAGGAGCCCGAGCCCCCCAGCCGCCCCAAACACACCUUGAUGCCGGAGCUGGACUUCUGA